AUGAAUCAACAUCCGAAUCUAACCCAACCACACUCCAACAACACGGGUAGAGGAGGCAGGAGAAACAAUAGGAGAACGCCUAAGAAAUCUAAUGGAAACCAUCCAGACCGCCCAUUCAGCUCCGCCUCCAAUCACAGUACGAAUCAAAAUGGGAAUCGGAGAAACAACAGAAAUUUCAAUAGGAAUCAUCAAGGAGGCGAGCAGGAUUCUGGAAAUUUCAGACAGAAUAAUCGGGACUCGAUAGCACCAAUUGACGAGAAUCGGCGGUUCGCGAGUCAGAGUGCUCGGGAUUCGGAUUAUCAGGGAGGACAUCGGGAUUUAUCACCUCAUAGUCAUAGCGCCAGAGAUCACAGUGACACAUGGGGUCCUGACGAUCGUCGGAGCUACUCCUCUCCCAGGAACAGUGACUGGCACCCAAAUGACUUUGAGAAUGAUGGACAAGGACCAUCCAGAAUAGACUACGAUGACUACAAUCAAGGAGGACGUAACAGCUACUCGCCACCGGAUAAUCGUCAAUAUGAGAAUGAGGAUCAUUCGAGAAGAAACAACAAUUAUCGAGAAGAGCAGAGUAAUAACAGCAGACUUGAUAACCAGGAUUCACCACCGGGGAACAUCAACACUCCGUCGAAGAAAAAAAAGAAGAGGCCUAAUAAUACGGCGAGAUGGAAUAAAGCCCUAAAAUUGGAAAUUCAAAAUGCAAAUGGUCAGAGGAGACGUCAACAGCGUACACCUACAAAAAGCGAAGGACCAAGUGCCGGAAGAUUUGGGAAUGGCGGUUAUCAAGAAUCUGAAAGGACUGACCAAAACCAUGAACGUAGAUCAAGAAGCCCAGGGUACCGGAAUGCUCCUCCACCGAGUUACGUAAGUCAAGACGUGAGAAUUUCUGGGAAUCAAUCGAGAAGACCGGACUCCUCAAUGAGUUCAAGAAUGUCUCGUCUAGAUCAAAAUCAGGAUAGGUACCCAGAUCAGAGGAGUCAACAGGGCUACUCACCUGUCAGAAGUGAACGACAUGGACUGUCUGAGGAAAGAUUUGUAAAUGACAAUGGACGGAAUUCUAAUGAUAGAAACGGUGACAUGUUCAACGGCUUCGGGUACAGAGACUCUCCACCGAGAUACUUCGAAGGAUUUCAAAGCCAAACCGUGCGGAAUGACUCCAGGAUGUCAAACCGUCCCAACAACCAUCACUCGCCACCACGACACCAAGAUAGGUUCAGAUCAUCAGAUCACUAUCGUAGCAACUCUCCAUCGGGACGUUUUAAAGGUUCGGAUGCUCAUAAUGAUCAAAGACGAUUUGAGAAUGGAAAUCAUGGAAGCUAUUCUCCAAAUCCACCAAACUGGCAAAACGAUGUGAGAGGCAGGUCGGAUAGUCCCUGUGGACAAGGCACUUCGAAUUUCCGUGAAAACAGUUGGUCGCCAAUUCCCGGAGAGAGACGGUGCCGUUCACCAAGUGCACAAAACGGUUAUAGCUUGAGGAAUAGAUCUCCAAGCCCUCGCGGCCAAGGAUCCUCGAAUUGGCAACCGAGCCCACCGCGUGAACAAUUUCGUAACCGUUCACCGAGUGCCCAAUGCGGGUAUAAGCAGAUAAGGAAUCGGUCUCUAAGCCCUUAUGGACAAGUAAACUCUAACUACCAUCAAGACAAUUGGCAACCUAGUCCAGAACGAUUCCGUAACCGUUCACCAAGUCCAGGUCCUCGUGAUGACUGGUCACCAAUUCCGGGAGAACGUCGGUGUCGUUCACCAAGUCGGCAAUAUGAAGAUGACACUCAAAGAAACCCAAGGAAUAUUUGGUCACCCCCACAAAACUGGAACAACCAACAGAGAAAUAGGUCUCUGAGCAGACAAGGAUCUGGCCCCUCUACUAGCCGCCCAUAUGAUGACAGAAGCCGUGCCCCUAGCUAUCAGUAUGACCACAGCUCUUUUAGUCCAGAAGGGCAAGGAACGUCAAAUUACCGUCAGAAUUGUUGGUCACCAAGUCCAGCACCUGCCCUAGGACAACAACUUCAAGAGAGGAACAGAUCUGGAAGUCUACAAGGACCAGGUCCAUCGUCUCAUAGUCGCGACAACAGUUGGUCGCCUAUCCCUGGAGAAAGAAGGUACUACCGAUCGCCAAGUCCGUACAACCCGCAAAGACGUCAUUCCCCAAUUCCACAAGGGAAUUAUCGAUCAAGCAGUGUGGAGCCAAGACUGCCAGUUUCCGGUUUCCAGCAAUCUGUGGUUCAGUUGCAAAACGAGACACGGUCAGAAUCCUCUUACCCGAAUGAACGUCAACGAGGGACACCAAAGGAUGUGGAGUUGGAGCCAAGGGAGGAAGAAGAAGAAGAACCAUUUGAUGAGGAAGAGCGCAGAGAACUUUUCGCUGCGUUGAUGCGAGAAGAACCGAUGAGAAGAAUUGAACCAUCCGACGGAAAGUGGCAGUUGUCAAUCACCGAAACCAGCUGUGACCCCUCAUUCCUCUGGGACAGACCAGAACCAAAAGGAAAAGUGUCUCAAGCGACACGUCGUUUCGUCACGAAGGACUACGUGAACCCACAUCUACGGAACAAUUGCAUAUUCUGCAAUGGGAAACACAAACCGGAUGAGUGCCCGAAUGUGGUUUCCGUCGAGGAUCGGAGGGAGAUCCUUGCUUUCUACAAGCGAUGCAUCAGAUGUCUCCGUCGUCAUCGUGAGGAGCCGUGCCCGAGGAAGAAUCAUGGAAAAUGUUACUAUUGCUUCGAUGAAGAUCCGGAGGAGCCGAAGCAUAAUUCAUCCGUCUGUAGAACUGCAUAUAUACCAGAACAUAUGCUGGAAUCAAAUCAGUAG